AAUAAAGUGGUUUAUAAUAUGGAGAGGGGAGUUGCGAAAGUUGGAAAGCGAAGUGGAUAAAUUAGGUGAGUUGGACUGUGUCUAUACAGUAAGUAUGAAAGUUGAUGACUGUCUACGUCUCAUUUAUAUACAACGGGACCGUGUUCACGGGACUGUGUACAUCAAAUCAGGAAGUUGCAGCCUUUGCACGAAUUUGCGCGGCUGUCAUGCUCCUUACACGGCAUAAUCAAUUGUUCAGAAAUCCGCUGGAUUCCGUUUUCAUCACAUCGUAUUCCUCCGUCGCUUCACACAGUUUGAGAACUUACAGUUGAUUGUGAUGCUUGGGAUUGAUGACUCGGGUCUUCCAAACGAGCUACUGGAUUGGCCUGCACUGGUGUUGAACCGAGUCGAUUCUCAGGCACUCCGAAUACCACUCUUCCGUAACUUUUAUUUCUACCCGUAUCUAGAUAUAAUGCGGUACAGAAAGGUGCAACGAUCACAUUCACUCGCAUUUGGAAACGAGGGAUCGGGGCGUCUAGCACCCAGAACUGGUUUCGGCAAGGCAGAUUUUCGCGGCCCAGAUCUGAUCAACUGAGAUUCUUCUACUACGAUUACUCGAGUUCAACUAUUCAACUAUGUCAUCUGAUUCUAGAAGCUCUAACAACGGAGAGGAAACUUGGCUGAUUGUUGUCGGCAUAAUUAGUUUGCCAAUCCAUCUGUUACUAUCUUUCCUGACGGUGCUUUUAUCUUGUGCUUCAGUUGAAUUCUUACUUUCCUCUGGAA